CAUUCCAGCGCUCCUUCAUAGACGUGUCUCAGCAGGAGAAGACUCUGAGGGAGGAGAGACUAUCCUUCCUGAGUUAUGGAGGGUCCGACACCAGCUGGCAGCAGCGUCGCAGUCGCUCCCGAGUCUCCUCUCUCAUCAAAGCCUUUAGCUCAGAGGGUUAUGGAGGAGGGGACGGGUGGAUGGAGGGGAAACUCAGGGACUGGAACAAUGAGUCCUCCUGGGACAAGUCAGCUCUGAUGAGCAUCCAGAGAGAGCUGUCUGAGUUCUCUACGGCAUACCCCCAUAACUUUAACGCUGGCCCCUUCCCGGCGGCCGGCACCUUCUCCCAGCAGACAGGCCCCUUCUCCCAGCAGACAGGCCCCUUACCCCACAGUAGGAACAGCCUCUACCCCUCUGAGGUAUCUUCUGCUGUGUCUCAGUUGGACAAAACAUCCUCCUUUAUGAGAUCCUCCCACGGAAAACACUGUAGUAAACAAAGCAUGUUUGCACAGCUCAACUCAACCUCUAACUUCUUUCUCCAUAGCGAGUUCAGCCCCUUCCAGCCCCUGUGGAGAGACCAUAACAGGUUCCCCUUCCAGCAGGAGGGUGUGUCCGGGUUCAUGUCCCCUGCAAACUUCCCUAAAUGGUACGACUCACCCAUGUACAAGGAGCUGACAUUCGAACAGCAGUUCUACGCCCACCCUGGGAUCAAGGAGACAGUGUAUGGACCCCAACGUAAGCCCCUGGAGGGGGGCUCCACAGUGCUGCAGAAGGCCUCAGCCCUGGAGAAACGCUCUGAGUCUGAGCUGGCCGGUCACCACCCACCAUGGAAACGCACCCAGAGCGCGGGGUCAAACAGAUAUCUCUCACUCCGUCCCUCGACGGUCUCUCCUACCAGUGAGAGGUCCCGGCGUGGCCACGAUGCUGUCAGCGCCAUCACUGAGUUCCAGCACACUGAGCGGUUCACCAAAUUGACCGCAGAGCAGAGUGUUACAACAGUCCUAAACAGCGCCGAGCAGAGUAGUGUCGUGAAAGGCAACAAGAACAGUGUCAUUUCCUUUCACAACAAGGUUAGCACAGUAGCAGUGGAGCAGGGUGUAGUCGCUAGCAACACCAGCACCAAUCCCUUUAACAUCACCCAGCUGCUGACGCCUGUCAUCCACAACCACCAGGACACCUCAGAAGCUCUGCAGUACACCCUUUCCCCCUCCGUCGCCAUCGAGCAACCAUCCGCCACAGUAUCAGUGGAGCCGGUUGUAGUCGCUAGCAACCCCAGCACCACUCCCUUUAACUUCACCCAGCAGUUAACACCUGUCAUCCACAAUCCGCAAGACACUGACACCACCUCGGAGGUGCUACAGUACGCCCUCUCACCCCCCCUCGCUCUCGAACAGCCCGCCGUCUGGUGCGAGAGAGAGAGGGAGAGAAGGGGGGCCACACCAGAGGUGAGGAUUUCCAGCUACAAGUCCAGAGCGUCCGGUCUCCUCUUUAACCUGAAAGACAAUAGGAAGAGGGUGAAAAGCACAUACAGUCCCACCAAGUUCAAAGGCCUGGAGGUGACUGGCAGGAGUAAAUCUAACCUGGACGGCUAUGAGCCCAGAGACACAGUGAUAGAUAUGCCAGCCUACUUAGACAUCCCUGUUCCCCAGGUGGUAGUACAGGAGGAGCCCAAUGCAAUAGACAUUUCAUUUCACCCCCAUACCAACCCACAGUAUAGCCCCUCAUUGCAGCCAACCACUGCACACUCUGACCAACACUUGGAUUACACAGACACUAGUAAACCAGAGGCCUAUCAGGCAGUGAAGUCGUCUCAGACUCAGGAGGAGAUGGUUUACCGUCAGGAGUACAGUGGAUACUGCAGCAACAGAGAUCCGCUCACUACCAGUCAGAACGGCCAAGGUGGGUUAUCACAAUUUAUUCAAUCCGAUGAAAUAAGUAGGACUGAGCACCUCCAAAAUGAUAUGUAUGAGCAAGUCAGCCCCACGAAACCAGGCCUAGACAACACCCUUCCCACAGUGAGCUCGCACCUCCCUAACACUAAGCCCAAACCUUACCCUAGCCCUAAUUCUACCCCUAACCCACUCCCAGCAGUCCUAGACACUUACAGGACAGAUGGAAUCACUGCAAACCAAACCAACACUGCAAACAGAGACGCACUAGUAUCCAAACAAAGUAUUGAGCCCAAUACAAACCAGACUACGGUAGAGAGAUACACAAAGACAGGUGGAUAUGAGCAAGUAAGAGAGAACAAAUAUGGUUUUGGUGUGAAUGUUACAACAGAAGUGCCUCCAUGGAAGGGGGAGAUCGCUGCGCUUAUCGAAAAAGACAAACAGUCUCUACCCUCACACAGAGCAGCUACACUGAAGCAGGACCCAAACCAGAAAUAUGGAAAUGAGUGGAAUAUAUAUGGACAACAAGAAAAGAGAGAACAGGGGCAGCAGAAUGCAUCUGGUGGAAGGCUGCAUCCAGCUGGUGAAGUCUUAAGAGGUCAAAAUAUCCUUCCAUAUAAGGAAAUGCUUCCGGUUCCUGACCACACACUGGCCAAUCAGGAGGAACUGUCAAACAGAUUCGCUCAAAACACAGUCUGCCCUCUUAGUCAGCAGAUCCUCAGCGACACCGUAGAAGAGCAACGCUAUUCUGGGACUUUUAUGGACAAGUAUGGAACUGUAGAUCAGUAUCGAGUCAAUGAGGAAUCUCUCACCACCAAAGAGAAGCGUCAGAACCAAAAUGAGCACCUGCACAGGGGUACAGGACAAGACCACAGGAAACAGAGUCUGUAUUCGGAGGGCGAUAAGACAUAUACAGUCCAUAACACCCUGACAGAAAGAGAGCAACCUGUUCAGAGAAAACCACAUGCCCCAUGGGUGGAAGACAACAAACUACCCGGACACAAAGGAUAUGUAGAUAAACAACAAUAUGACCAGGAUAUACAGUGGAGUUCAUCAUACAAGAAUGAGAACAGACAACACAGCGACAGUGCAGCUACAACAGCACAAUGUGCAAAAGAUCACAAUCAGUAUACCGACAGGACUGCUGCAAUACUGCAACAGACAAAUGGAGAAUUUAGUGCAAUUAACAGUCACCAAUAUCCCAAAAGUACUACAAAUAACCCCAGUAAUAUGCACACAACAGGGCUAGCUGAAGCAGAGCUAGCUGAAGCAGAACAAGCUCAAUUAGAGCAAGAUAAAGCAGUGUUAGCUGAAUCAAAACAGGCUAAAAUCGAGCAAGUAAAAGCAGAGCUAGAUAAAGCAGAACAAGUUCAAGCAGGUAUAGCUGAAGCAGAGUUAGCUAAAGCAGAGCUAGCUAAAGGAGAGCUAGCUAAAGCAGAACAAGCUAAAUUAGAGCAAGAUAAAGCAGUGUUAGCUAAAUCAAAACAGGCUAAAAUAGAGCAAGUGAAAGCAGAGCUAGAUAACGCAGAACAAGUUCAAGCAGAUAUAGCUAAAGCAGAGUUAGCUAACGCAGAGUUAGCUAAAGCAGAACAAGCUAAAUCAGAGUUAGCUCAAGCUAAACUUGCUAAAGCAGAGCAAGCUAAAGCAGAACUAGAAAAAGCAGAGGAAGCUAAAACUGAGUUAGCUAAAGCAGAGCAGGCUAAAGCAGAACAAGUGAAACCAGAGAUGGCUAAAGCAGAGCAAGCUAAAUCAGUGAGCGCUAGAGCAGAGAAAGCUAAAACUGAGUUGCCUAAAACAGAACAAAACAAAACAGAGCAAGCUAAAGCAGAACUAGCUAAAGUAGAGUUAGCAAAAGCUCAAACAGAACAAGCAAAAGCAGAUCUUGCUAAAGCUAAACUAGCUAAAGCAAAGUUAGCUCAAGCAAAAAAAUCUAAAGCAGAGAAAGUGAAAUCAGAGCUAGCAAAAACAGAGUUGGCUAAAGUAGAGAAAGAUAAAGAAGAGUUAGCUAAAACUCAAGGGGAACAAGCUAAAGCAGAGUUGGUUAAAGCAGAGUUGGUUAAAGCAGAGUUGGUUAAAGCAGAGUUGGUUAAAGCAGAGUUGGUUAAAGCAGAGUUGGUUAAAGCAGAGUUGGUUAAAGCAGAGUUGGUUAAAGCAGAGUUGGUUAAAGCAGAGUUGGUUAAAGCAGAGUUAGCUAAAGCAGAGUUAGCUAAAGCAGAGUUAGCCAAAACAGAACAAGCUAAAGCAGAAACUGCUAAAGCAGCGUCAGCUAAAGCAGAGCAUGAUGAACCCGCCCAGUACAGUUCAUGGUCAGCCAGCGAGGACCGAUACGGCAUAAAUGAUAUCCUCACUACCAGAGACUAUGAACAGGUGAAGAGAGAGCGACUGAGAGAGAGAAAGCACACUGCCAACGAAGCCGUUUCAGCAGCGGGCGACACAUUCACAUAUCUCAACAUAUCUGCAAAGGCCGAGAACAAAACACUCCAACCGAACGAUGUCUCUCCCAUCAGCAGGUGUGAAAGGGUAGACAGGGGCGGAGAUGACUACAACAGAUUGAGAGAGAAAUACGGGUUCAGUCAUGCAGUUCCAGCUAAGGGAAACAAACAGCCCUCUAAGGAUGUAGCUGCGGCAGAUGACUGUAAAAAGACUCCGAGGGCUGCACUUGCCACUAAUGAACAUGAGCGGGGGAAUGAGGGCCAAUGGGUGUACAGCGAGUCAUCCAAACAAUUCAAACUGGCCAGUCAGAUCGAGAGUAAGACGACGCCGGCUGACCCGACUGUAGCAAUGGUGAAAGACGUCCAUCCGUCCUCCUUCAGAGCUCUGUCACUAAAGGAGAAAGGCCAGACCAAGCAAGAGAUACUGACGUCGAAACUGAAGGCCCACGCUGAAAAGGAGAUCUCAGCCAUCAAAGAGAAAGGUUUUGGUAAACGAGACAGACUCCUAUCAAGAAACCCCACCAAGCACCAGGAACAGAGAGGGAGAGGUCAGAAUGGACAGGAAGUGAAGAGCGUUAAAAAUAAUCCAUCCAGGGGUGAAAAACAAACAAACAGCCAACUCAGCAUCAGGAAGGAAGCAGGUCAAUCAGAACAUAGAAAGCCAGCUAAAACUGAAGCAUCGGCUGUCAGUGACGGUCAACAGUCCAGAGCAUCACUGGAACAGGCCAUGAACAGGUCAAAGGUCAGUGAUGCAAUUGAAAAGGAAGGGCGUCAGUCAAAGAAGGAGGAAAGUAAAAAUGAGGCCAUUUCUGGUGACAGUUUGCAGAUCAUGGGGAUAAUGGUGACCAUAAGAGAACCCUCGGUGAAUGAAGACAACGUUUCUACUCCACGUCAACCCGCCCCAGUAAAAGAUAAGAUAAACAUGGAAAAAGAGGAAAAUAUUUCCAAUAAAAAUGAACUCAGCUCAGGUCAACUUCCCAGCAACAAUUCAGGCCAUUUGAAACAAGAGACUCCUCCAGCCAUGGCUCCCAUUGCAGAUGAAAGCGUUUCAGAAAAUGAAGUUAGAUCAAUUGUAACAAGCAAAAGGGAAGACACUACAUUUGCUGAGCCUGUAAUUACAGAAAAGGCCAGAGUUAAACAGCAAACACAGUUGCCAGAAGGGAACGGUGAACCUAAAACAGAAUGUGUUAUAAGUGGGAGUAAGCAGGCUAGAAGUGCACCUGAAACCACAAAGAAAGAUCCCGAAAAAAAUGACAAAUCUGUGAGGAACGAGAAUUGUUCACGGGAGAUUCCUAAAUCGUAUGGGAGAGAUAAGUCUCAGAGGGAAACUCUACUCCAUGACACCCCUGCAGUUAACGAUGGACGCUCAGCAGAGGUCAAAUCGGCUAAAAAUAAACAGUUGGCUGAAACUCAACCUCUCCUCUUUAAACAUAGCAUCACCGCAAGAAACGCUAACGACUACGCAAAUAACAACCAUCCUACUAAUGAAAGCAUCGGCAAGGCCGACCUUGCAGCGGUGGAAAUGGCAAAGAGCAGUGUCAUUCAAGGUGGCGAAGACAUCAGUGUUCAAGAUGGCCAAGUGGAGAAUGUACACAUAGAAAGUAUUACAAUCCAUGUUGUAUCAUCAAUAAGUGAGAUUGACAACCACAAAACUACUGAAAGUCACUCAGUUACCAAACACGUUUCUUCAAGAGCAGAGAAACCCACUGGUGACAACAAUGUCCACAUUGAUAGCAUAGCCAUCCGUGUUGUGUCAGGUGUGAGUGAGAACAGCAAUGUGGAAACAAACGCAAAAGAGAGAGGGCAUAACCCGACACUUCCAAGUGAAAAAGUGUCUCGUAAACCAGAGGUGAAACCAAGACAGAAGGUGCUGCCUACUGUCCCUACUGCCAUCGCAGACUACGCCAGACUAAAGGUGAUCUCUACAGAAGAAGAUUCCCCUCCUAACGUGGACAGUCCAAGCAGAAAGGAUGGAUAUUUUCCCAUGAUACAGACUCUCCGCAGUAGAUGUCCAGUCUUUACAGCUGAACAGGAAGACCCCCCGGGGACCGGAGGGAUGAUGAGGAAAGAAGAGGUAUCUGUGAAAGAACCAGAGAUUCCCUCCAAACUAAACACGGAGGGUAAGACAGGAGUGGUGUCUUCCAUGGAGCAGGAACAGAGAAAGAAAGGGAUGUUCAGACUGAGGGAAAAAGAAAAACAGGCAAUCUCAUUCAAUGAGGCAAAAACUACUGAGGGACUCACAGAGACACACUCUCUUAAACACGACACUGUGCCACAACCAGAACAUGCAACCACUUCAGGGUACCAACUUGGGUACCAAUCUGGGAUUGAUUGGAACCAAAGGCUCUAUCAAUCCCAGAAUACUCCUCUGCCAGCUCGCGCCAUACCCUCAGAGGUUGACGUUGAGACCAGAAACCCCUCUUUCUCACAACAACCGACCCAACCCACCCAUGUUGACAUGCCUGGAAAAGACCUGUUCUCCCCUACAGAGGCAACGCAAUAUAUGGAGAAAACACAUGCAACACAGGCCUCUCUGGGAGACAUAUAUAGCAUGGAGAAGAGAGAGGAGAGGAGAGAGAGACAGAGAGAGGAGCAGAGGAAAGAGGAGAGGAAGACAAGACAGAGAGAGGAGGAGAGGAUGGUGAGAAACAAAGAGGAGAGGAAAGAGGAGGAGAGGAAGGUAAGAUGGAGAGAUGAGGAGAGGAUGGUGAUUGCGAGACAUAAAGAAGUCGAGAGGAAAGAGGAAGAGAGAAGAGAGCAACAGCUACGGAGAGAGGAGAAGAAAGCGGAGGAGAGGAGGAAGAGACAAAGAGAAGAGGAGAAGAUGGCGAGACAGAGAGAGGAGGAGAAGAAAGAGGAGGAGAGGAGAGCAACACAGAGAGAAGAGGAGAAGAUGGCGAGACAGAGAGAGGAAGAGAAGAAAGAGAAGGAGAGGAGAGAGCAACAGUGUCACAGAGAGGAGGAAAAUAAAGAAGAGGAGAAGAGGAAAGAGGAGGAGAGGAGAGAGCUACAGCGACAGAGAGGGAAGGAGGAGAAGGAGGAGGAGAGGAGAGCGACACAGAGAGAAGAAGAGAGAAUGGCAAGACAGAGAGAGGAGGAGAAGAACGAGAAGGAGAGGAGAGAGCAACAGCGACAGAGAGAGGAGGAGAAGAAAGAGGAGGAGAGGGUGGUGAGACAGAAAGAGGAGGAGAAGGACAGAAUAGAACAACAGCGACAGAAAGAGGAGAAGAAAGAGGAGGAGAGGAGGGUGAGACAGAUAGAGGAGGAGAGGAAAGAGGAGUUGAGGAGGGCGAGACAGAGAGAAGAGGAGAGGAUAGCAAGACAGAAAGAGGAGGAUCUGAAAGAGGAAGAGAGGAGAGAGCAACAGAGAAAAAAGGAAGAGAGGGCAAGACAGAGAGAAGGGGAGAGGAUGGUGAGACAGAAAGAAGAGGAGAGGAAAGAGGAGGAGAGGAGAGCGACACAGAUAGAAGAAGAGAGAAUGGCAAGACAGAAAGAGGAGGAGAGGAGAGAGCAACAGCGACAGAAAGAGGAGGAGAAGAAAGAGGAGGAGAGGUUGGUGAGACAGAAAGAGGAGGAGAAGGACAGAAUAGAACAACAGCGACAGAAAGAGGAGAAGAAAGAGGAGGAGAGGAGGGUGAGACAGAUAGAGGAGGAGAGGAAAGAGGAGUUGAGGAGGGCGAGACAGAGAGAAGAGGAGAGGAUAACAAGACAGAAAGAGGAGGAUCUGAAAGAGGAAGAGAGGAGAGAGCAACAGAGAAAAAAGGAGGAGAGGGCAAGACAGAGAGAAGGGGAGAGGAUGGUGAGACAGAAAGAAGAGGAGAGGAAAGAGGAGGAGAGGAGAGCGACACAGAUAGAAGAAGAGAGAAUGGCAAGACAGAAAGAGGAGGAGAUGAGAGAGCAACAGCGACAGAAAGAGGAGGAGAAGAAAGAGGAGGAGAGGGUGGUGAGACAGAAAGAGGAGGAGAAGGACAGAAUAGAACAACAGCGACAGAAAGAGGAGAAGAAAGAUGAGGAGAGGAGGGUGAGACAGAUAGAGGAGGAGAGGAAAGAGGAGUUGAGGAGGGCGAGACAGAGAGAAGAGGAGAGGAUAGCAAGACAGAAAGAGGAGGAUCUGAAAGAGGAAGAGAGGAGAGAGCAACAGAGAAAAAAGGAGGAGAGGGCAAGACAGAGAGAAGGGGAGAGGAUGGUGAGACAGAAAGAAGAGGAGAGGAAAGAGGAGGAGAGGAGAGCGACACAGAUAGAAGAAGAGAGAAUGGCAAGACAGAAAGAGGAGGAGAGGAAAGAGGAGUUGAUAGGGGAACAACGACAGAUAGAGGGGAUGAAAGAGGGGAAGAUGAGGGCGAGACAGAAAGAGGAGGAGAUGAAAGAGGAGAGGAGAGAGCUACAGCGACAGAAAGAACAGAAGAAAGAGGAGGAGAGGAGGGUGAGACAGAAAGAGGAGGAUAUUACAAAUCAACAGCGACAGAGAGGGAAGGAGGAGAAGAAAGAGGAGAGGAAGGCGAGACAGAGAGAAGAGGAGAGGAUGGCGAGACAGAAAGAGGAGGAAAUGAGAGAGGAACAGCAACGGAGAGAGCAGGAAAAGAAAGAGGAGGAGAGGAUGGUGAAACAGAAAGAAGAGGAGAGGAAAGAGGAGAGGAGAGAGCAACAGCGACAAAGAGAUGAGGAAAAGAUGGCGAGACAGAACGAGAAAGAGAGGAAAGAGAAGGAGAGGAGAGACCCACAGCGACAGAGAGAGGAUGAGAAAAAAGAGGAGAAGCAGAGGGCGAGACAGAGACAGAGAGAGAAGGAGAAGAUGGAUGCUCUCCAGUAUUACUCCAUCAGCAGCCCUGAGGGUCAAACCAGACCCAGGGACAUACCCCUCUUCUCCCCCCAGCCUUCCCCACGCAGGGGGGACCUUGAGGACUGGGAGUCCUGUGGAAGACCUCACCUCCCUACCUCCCCUGCCCCCCCUUCCACCCGCUCCAACACCUCCUCCCCUGCCCUCGGGGGCAAGCCCACCAUGUUCAGAGUCAAAGACAACACCUUCAGAGGCUCCUCUCUCACCAAGUCCGUCAAACCACUCUUCCACAAGAGCUUUGGAGAAGAGUUCAAGGUGGGCUCAGCCCUCUGGAGCGGAUCAGAGAUGGGAGACGAGGAGCUUGAGAGGACAGGAGAGAGCGUACAUGAAAGGCUGAGAGAGAGCGCCGGGACUCCUGUGUAUCAUGACUCCGCCAUCUCGUCACACCGACUCCCCCGCAUCCGAGAGACUCAGCCCUCGAAAGAGUUCACCGCCCCCUCGGAGACCACCUACACAUACCCUUACUCCAGGCUCCAAUCCAGGAGGAAUGUGGCUCUGGACGACGAUGACUCUCGCUCGAUGAUCAGCAACAUGUCUGGGGAUGUUGAGAGUUAUGCCACCAGUGUAGCCGACCUGUCUGACUCUGAGUUCGCCAGCAGGGGGGGCUAUAGCAGGCCAGAUUCAGCCUGUAGUUUUAUCAGUGACGUAGGACGGCCACUGGGGAAGCCCCCGACUGUUCCUCCUAAGAGUGAGAAAGCUCUACGGAGAGCCAAGAGGCUCACAACCCGCAGGAUAAAGAAAGAGUCGAAGACUGAGACAGACAGCAUUACUGACUUAGUGAAGAAACCGGUCCAUGCAGUCGCUAGUGUCCCCUCCUCACCCUCAGAGCUACGAUCCUCCAACCGUCACGCUCUUGCCUCCCCCCAUUUCGCUGCCCCUAUCUCUCUGCCCCUUGCCCCAACUCACAUCUCCAGUGUCCCCUGUUCUCCAACUGAUUCAGGAUCCACUCAUCACCCAUCCUUCCACGCCUCCCCCCACGCCAAAGCCCCUGUCUCCCACCCCCGAGUCACAACGCAAGUGGCCAGUGUGCCCUCCUCCCCCACCCACCACCACCAUGCUCACCCCAGACACCUUGUCUCACCCCUGGCCUCCCCCCUGAAUGUCCCUCAGUACCACGUAGACCCCUACUACCCUUCCCCACCCUCCCUCAACCUCCCCCAGCACUUCACCCAAGGUUUAACCCAGAAGAAGGUUCUACAGGACCCGGGGUCUGGUCAGUACUUUGUGGUUGACAUGCCUGUCCAGGUGAAGACCAAGACCUUCUUUGACCCAGAGACGAGGAAGUACGUCCAACUGAAUGUCCGUCAGUCGGGUCAGGGAGGCUCUCUGUCUCAGCCCCAGCCACAGUGUUAUCCCCAGUCCCUCCCCGAAGACUCAUACACCCAGCCCCAACCCCAAACAUAUCCCCCAUACACCCAGCCCCAGGCUCAUCCAGCCAGCCGGCCCUAUGUGCUCUACCAGGGAUACCCCCAGAGAUACCAGCCCAUGCCCGUAUCAUCCCUGCCCACUCACAGGUCUCUCUCUGGGGUGUCUGCCUUGGUGUCUCCCACCCAGGACCCACAGCCCACAGAGGAGAGUCAGGGUUGGGCAGAGGAGGGAGAGAGGCAGGGGGAGGGCUGGAACAGCCAGUGUUGUGAAGGAGAGGAGGAGAUAAUGGAGAGAGAGACAUAUGGACAGAGCUACAGCCAAGAGCAGACACCUUACAUGGACACAGCUCAUGACGCACGCACUGCCCAUGACUCACACGCUGCGUACGACACACACAACCAGCUGGACAAAGGCGCAGUGGACGUUGAGGAUACUAACCCCGCCCCCCACCGUGAUAUCAUCACCAUGAGCGAGCUGGAGGACUUUGCUAUGGAUUCUGGUGACUGGUGACACUGAUUGACAGCUUUUGUUUCACAGGUCCUGUUAGGAUCGUGUUCAUUAGGCACCGAACAGAAGAAAACGGACUGAGAUUGUCUUUUUCCCGUUUCGAGCCCUGAUAAUGAACACAGCCCUGGUUUCCCUAGAGCAGAGGUUCAAGCAUCAAAGAGACUUAUAAAAGGCUGAAUAGCAUUUCAUCUAAUGGAAUUAACAGCUGUGUUUUAAAGUGUUUUGAUUGCAUUUACAUGCAAAAAUACAGAUUUCACAGAAGCCCAAUACAUAGUUUUAAGAACAAAUCAAAUGAAAGAAAAUUCACAUGCGUGGUAGACAACAGGUGUAGGCUAACAGUGAAAUGCUAACUUACGGGUCCUUUUCCAACAAUGCAGAGUUGAAGAUUAGAUACUAAAUCAAAUGAAAUAAUUGUCUGGCCAUAAAUAAAUAGAAUAAACUAGGCAACCGGAUAGAUAAUAGACAGUAGCAGCAGUGUGUGUGUGUGUGUGUGUGUGUGUGUGUGUGUGUGUGUGUGUGUGUGUGUGUGUGUGUGUGUGUGUGUGUGUGUGUGUGUGUGUUUGUGUGUUUGUGUGUUUGUGUGUGUGUGUGUGUGUGUGUGUGUGUGUGUGUGUGUGUGUGUGUGUGUGUGUGUGUGUGUGUGUGUGAGAGUUGUGGUGCGAGUGAAGCGAUGUGGCUUUAUAUGUGACUUAUUUCAGAUCUUUGUCUGCUGUAAUUGACUAUUUUGUUUUGUUUUUCUUUCGAAAAUUAUCCCUCUUCUGAGACAUUUUGUAAAGCUUGCUGUUAUAUUGCUGAUGUUGAUCUUUUUGUAGUUUUGUAGUGGAAUUAUGAAUUAGAUUAAGGCUAUUUAUUAUUAACUGCUUCACAGAAAUGUUUACCAUUCCAUAUUUUGAAUGUGAUAUGCUGUCUAGGAUAUUCUUGCGGUGCAUUUGAUCGAUAUGUCACGGUCACCUAGAACUUUUACUAAUAUUAGUGAAUAGGGAAUAAGAACACAACACAAUAGAUAUCUACAGUAUUUAACCGUUUCAAUGCUGAGAGUACUUCUGGGGAUGCAGUUUAGCAGGUUGUAGAAACCAAAGUUCUCAUUAGCUACAUCUGUUACCGGUGUAAACGUCAAAUGGAUUGGAUUAUUAUUUACACCUCAAUUUGGUUGGUGUGCAUGAAAUAUUGUCAAACAAUGUGGUGGCGAUUCUGCAACAAGGUCUCCUUAGAAUAUGUCAGAAUAGUGACAUAUGGGGAAUUGAACCAUUAGACCAUAUGUCACCUAAACUGAAAGGUCUAUGCAAAGUGAACACAAAACUUGUAUUUAUGCAAAUAUGCAACCACAUUGUGUAGCUGUGAACGCUGAUUUAAAUAUGAAUGUUUAGUAGAUUUGCUUUCAAUAAAUAGAUCCACAUUUCUGAAGUGAGAAAUGUGUACAGGGUUUCUCCCUUGCUGUGAAUAAUAUAGUGUGAGAUGGACUUAACGAAAGCACAAUUUAUCACUCUGUAUGAACUUUCUUUGUCAGUAUUUUGGAUGUCUUUCAGAAGCACUUUGUAAAGAAGCAAAUAAACAAAUGAUGUGU